AUGCUGCAUGUUUCGCGGACCGGCCCCGAUCCGCAAGCAGACUUCCCCCCCUCGGCCGCCGGCAACGUCUCCCUCGCGCGCAGCGACGGCAAGAAGCAUCUCCUCCUCGCGGUCAGCGGCUCCGUCGCCACCAUCAAGAUUGUCAGCAUCAUCGGCGGCCUCGCCCACCACGACAACCUGUCCAUCCGGCUCAUCCUGACCGCCUCGGCGGAGCACUUCCUCGCCGGGCAGGCCGACGAGCAGCCCACGCUCGCCCAGGUGCGGCGCCUGCCCAACGUCGACGGCCUCUACACCGACGCGGCCGAGUGGACCAGACCGUGGACCCGCGGCGCGCCCAUCCUCCACAUCGAGCUGCGCAGAUGGGCCGACCUGCUCAUGAUUGUGCCCCUCAGCGCAAACACCAUGGCCAAGAUGGUGGCCGGCAUCUGCGACAACCUGCUGCUGAGCGUGGUGCGCGCAUGGGACCACGACGGGUCCAUCGACGGCGUCCGGAAGCGCAUCGUCGUGGCGGUGGCCAUGAACACGGCCAUGUGGCGGAAUCCCCUGACGGCCAGGCACAUCAAGACGCUGGAGGACGAUUGGGGCGGCGACGAUGGCUGGGUGCAGGUUCUCAGGCCCGUGUCCAAGACGCUGGCCUGCAAUGACGUGGGCGAGGGCGCCAUGGUCAGCUGGCAGGAGAUUGUGUCCGAGGCGGAGAAGAAGCUUGGUCUGGAGAAGACGGCUCCUUCAGCCGGGGGGGUGAAGGUUUGA